AUGGCUCUGGAGUCUCUGACUGACCGAAAGUGCUGCAGCAGCUGGCAGGCGACUCAGGACCAAGAUCUCUUAGUUGACAUCAUCUCCGAUGGACCUCCACAGCUGCUGUUUCUACGGUCGCUGCCCUGCUGGGCAGGACUUCUGGAGGAAAUCCGACGCGGCGAGGUGGAGUUGCAAGAUUUGGACGAAGGCGCUCGCAGCGAUCGAGGCUUGGUGCUGGUGGCUGUGAGGGCCAGUCAAGGGAGAGCUUUGGAAUAUGCAUCAUGGACCCUUCGCAACGACAAGGCUUUAGUCUUAGAGGCAGUGACUCGCAACGGCCUUUCCCUGCGGCAUGCAGCAGCCAGCCUGAGGGGAGACCGUGACGUGGUGCUUGCGGCGGUGCGCGACUGCCCCAUGGCCCUGGAACACGCCAGCGAGCUGCUGCGCCGCGACCGUGACUUCGUCACCAUGGCCAUGCGCAUCUCCGUGCGCGCCGCGGGGGGCUUGAGCCAGGAGUUGUCCUCGGACCCCGCCUUCGCUGGGCGCCUCCUAGAGCUCUUCCCCAGCGCCUUGGUCUACCUCUCUGAGAGCCUGCGCCGGUCCAAGGACUUCAUCCUCCAAGCGGUGCAGAAGAACGGCGAGGUGCUGCGCUAUGCCUGCGGCUGGCACUCAGAGCCCGAGGUGGUGCUCACGGCCAUUGAGAAGGCCAUGGUGAAGUGCCGUUGCUGCGGCUGA